CAGCACCAGUCCCAGUGUCUGUAUGAGGCUGACAUCUAGUGGACAUUUCUAUUAUCCGGGAAUUUACAGACACGCCUGUUGUUCCCGUCUCUCAGACACAGAACCAGGAAGAAUCAGAGAAACCGAAACUUAAGUGCUGUUGUCCUGUUGCAACUUUAUAUCAGCCUCACAUGCAGGAAAAUGGCAGAAGCCCGUAUUUCAGUGGAGCAGUUCUUGUGUCCGGUGUGUCUGGAUCUCCUGAAGGAUCCAGUGACCAUCCAGUGUGGACACAGUUACUGUAAGAGCUGUAUUACAGACUGCUGGGAUCAGGAGGAUGAGAAGAGAGUCUACAGCUGCCCUCAGUGCAGACAGACCUUCAGUCCAAGACCUGCUUUAUUUAAGAACGUGGUGUUUGCUGAAAUGCUGGAGAAACUGAAGAAGACUAAUCUUCAAAGUGCGGUUCCUGCUGGAGCUGGAGAUGUUCAGUGUGACGUCUGUACUGGAAGAAAACACAAAGCUGUCAAGUCCUGUCUGGUGUGUCUGAACUCUUACUGUCAGAAUCACCUCGAACAACAUGAGAGUUUGUUUAAAGGAAAGAGACACAAUCUGACUGAAGCCACUGGACGACUGCAGGAGAUGAUCUGCCAGAAACAUGAGAAGCUCCUCGAGGUUUUCUGUCGCACUGAUCAGAAAUGUAUUUGCUUGCUGUGUUUGGUGGAUGAACACAGAAACCAUGACACUGUAUCAGCUGCAGCACAGAGGACAGAGAAAGAGAGAGACUUGAAGGAGACACAGAAGACGUUCCAGCAGAGAAUCCAGCAGAGAGAGAAAGAUCUCCAGCAGCUGAGAGAGGCUGUGGAGUCUCAGAAGCGCUCUGCACAGACAGCAGUGGAGGACAGUGAGAGGAUCUUUACUGAGCUCAUCCGCUCCAUUGAGAGAAGCCGCUCUGAGCUGAUACGGCUGAUCAGAGAUCAGGAAAAGCAAGCAGUGAGUCGAGCUGAAGGACGACUGGAGCGACUGGAGCAGGAGAUCAAUGAUCUGAGGAGGAGAGACGCUGAGCUGGAGCAGCUUUCACACACACAGGAUCACAUCCAGUUCCUGCAGAGUUUCCAGUCUCUCUCAGCUCCUCCUGAAUCUACAGACGUAAAUGAUGAUCUCUUCAGUUCUCUCGUCUCUUCUGAUGAUCUGAGAGAAUCUGUUCAUCAGCUGACAGACAAACUGGAGGAUUUCUGCAAAGAGCAGCUCAAGAAGAUCUCAGACAGAGAAACAUUCACCAACAUUGUUCCCAGGACCAGGAACCACUUCCUACAAUAUUCCCAUCAGCUCACUCUGGAUCUGAACACAGUGAAUAAACUCCUCCGUCUGUCUGAGAGAAACAGAGUGACAUACACUGGCAGAGAUCAGUCGUAUCCUGAUCAUCCAGACAGAUUUGAUGUGUAUCCUCAGGUGUUGUGUAGAGAGAGUGUGUGUGGACGCUGUUACUGGGAGCUGGAGUGGAGUGCUGGUGAAAAUGGUUUUGUGUCUAUAUCAGUGUCAUAUAAGAGCAUCAGCAGGAAGGGACGAGGUGUUGAGUGUUUGUUUGGAUAUAAUGAUCAGUCCUGGAGUUUGAUCUGCUCUUCCUCCAGAUACUCGUUCAUACACAAUAAGAGAGUGACUGAUCUCUCUGUGAAGUCCAUCAGCAGUAGAAUAGGAGUGUUUGUGGAUCACGUUGCAGGAACUCUGUCCUUCUACAGCGUCUCUGACACAAUGAGCCUCAUCCACACAGUCCAGACCACAUUCACUCAGCCGCUCUAUCCUGGGUUUAGAGUUGAUUUUGGAUCAUCAGUGAAACUGUGUUGAUGAAUCAGAAUAGACUGAUGAGAGAUUAUAUACCCUUAUACUACGGGGCCGUUGAAUGCUUGAAUCUGAUUGGCUGACGAACGUUCUGAGGUGUGCAAUUAUUUUCAGGGAAACGCACGGCGAACGUAGUUCCAGGCAGCUCUUGACCGCAUUACAUGACCAUAUCACUUCGCCCAAUGAUUUCUGUUAUUUCAAAGGUCUUACAACAGCAAAAUAAUCAAGAACCACAACACACUGGCCAAACAAAUAAAUAUAGCAAACAAUAUGAUAAAAACGACAGAUCGUGUCCAUGUUUUUGCCACAAAAUUACGCUUUAUUAUAAACAUGACUGCAUCACCACCUCGGGUGUGCAUUAUUUUUCUAAUAAUUCAAUGGACCGAAGUCAAUUAUUCCUUACGUAAUGCUUUGACCUGCAUGAUAGUUUAAUAUAAAUGGUUUAAUGUUUAGGCUAAAUUUAAUUUUUUUCUGUGAUCAAAGCUGACUUUACUAAUCCAGUCUUCAGUGUCACAUGAUUUGCUGUUUAAUUAUUUUAAUUAUUAUUUGUGCUCAGUUAUUAAUAAUGGUUCUUAUUAUUAUCAAUACUGAAAACUGUUUUUGUUUCCUAAUAUUUUUGUGUAAACUGUGACACUAACUUUUUUAGGAUCAUUUGUUGAAUACAAAGUUAAAGAACAGCAUUUUAUAUAUUUACAUAAUUUGUAAUAAGUAUAUAUUUACUGUCACUUAAAUCAAUUGAAUGCAACCUUUUUGAAUAAAAGUAUUGUUUGUUUUUUUGUUUUUUGUUUUAAACUUACUCCAGACUGAAUGGUUUUGUAUCACAUUUUCCACAAUAAUAUGAAGCAGGACAACUGUUUUCAACAUUGAUAAUAAUAAAUGUUUCUUGAGCAGCAAAUCAGCAUAUUAGAAUAAGUUCUGAAGGAUCAUGUGACGCUGAAAACCAGAGUAAUUAUCUCUGUGCCAAAAAGUCCAGGGCCACUUUUUAGCCCCAGUCCACCCCUGCUGAGAUGUUAUAGAGUCUCUUAUUUUCUCUUCAUUACAUUAGUACUGCAGCUGAACUUCUGUCAGGAAAAUAUCAUCAGAAUAAAUGUGUGUAAUACAUCCUCAUAUAGACAGUAAGAUCAGUGUGUGUGUGUGUGUGUGUGUGUGAGUCCUGCUCACACCAGUGACCGUGUGUUUUUGUACUUUUCUCAACCUCUAUGUGUGUUGAUGGAAAUCACUCAUUUAGUUAAUAAUUAGUGCUGGGCAACAAUUAAUCACGAUUAAUCACAUCCAAAAUGAAAGUUUUUGUUUAUAUAAUAUAUGUGUGUACUGUGUGUAUUUAUUAUGUACAUAUAA